GAUGUCACGUCCGGCGGCGGCGGCGGCGGCGGCAGCGGCGGUAGCGGCGCUGAGUUUUGUCUCCCGGGGCGUCGGGGCGCGCGCCGGUGUCCCAGGUGUCCCGCCGCCUCCCUCCUUCCCGCAGGACUCGCCCCUCCUGGCCCUGGGCCCCGGGCCCCAACGGUGCUCGCCUGCCCGGCGGUCGGUCAGCGCACAGGGCACGGCUUCCUCUGCUUCUCUCGGACCACUUAGUCUCAACUCGGGUGUGUUUCCACCACUAGAGAAUGAAAUAUGACUGAGGACUCUCAGAGAAACUUUCGUUCAGUAUAUUAUGAGAAAGUGGGGUUUCGUGGAGUUGAAGAAAAGAAAUCAUUAGAAAUUCUCCUAAAAGAUGACCGUCUGGAUACCGAAAAACUUUGUACUUUUAGUCAGAGGUUCCCUCUCCCGUCCAUGUACCGUGCAUUGGUAUGGAAGGUGCUUCUAGGAAUCCUGCCUCCACACCAUGAGUCCCAUGCCAAGGUGAUGAUGUAUCGUAGGGAGCAGUACUUGGAUGUCCUUCAUGCCCUGAAAGUCGUUCGCUUUGUUAGUGAUGCCACACCUCAGGCUGAAGUCUAUCUCCGCAUGUAUCAGCUGGAGUCUGGGAAGUUACCUCGAAGUCCCUCUUUUCCACUGGAGCCAGAAGAUGAAGUAUUUCUUGCCAUAGCUAAAGCCAUGGAGGAAAUGGUGGAAGAUAGUGUCGACUGUUACUGGAUCACCCGACGCUUUGUGAACCAGUUAAAUACCAAGUACCGGGAUUCUUUGCCCCAGUUGCCAAAAGCAUUUGAACAAUGCUUGAAUCUGGAAGAUGGCGGACUGCUGGCUCAUCUGAAGAUGUGUUCCGCGGCGCCCAGACUUCCUUAUGAUCUCUGGUUCAAGAGGUGCUUUGCGGGAUGUUUGCCUGAAUCCAGUUUACAGAGGGUUUGGGAUAAAGUUGUGAGUGGAUCCUGUAAGAUCCUGGUUUUUGUAGCUGUCGAAAUUUUAUUAACCUUUAAAAUAAAAGUUAUGGCACUGAACAGCGCAGAGAAGAUAACAAAGUUUCUGGAAAAUAUUCCCCAGGACAGCUCAGACGCGAUCGUGAGCAAGGCCAUUGACUUGUGGCACAAACACUGUGGGACCCCGGUCCAUUCAAGCUGAACGCACCCGCUGGUUGUGGACCGUCUGCCAGGCCCACCACCCCCAGAGGUGAUUCCUCGGCAAGGUGGUUUGAGCAGCACGGUGCAAGGUUGCGCUUUCCCAGAACAGCCUUUCUACACUGCUGGACCAAGGAUAUGCUACCCAGCAACGUCCCCCACCUAAAAUGCAGAGCUUCUGCUUCCGCUGAAAGCCUUCAAAGCGACAGGUUAGUAACCAGAAGGUUAUGCAAUGAAGUUCUUUGCUUUAUAUAGAUCAAAUACUCAGGCUUCUCAAGAAUGGACAUAGAGGCCAGGCACAGUGGCUCACACCUGUAAUCUCAGCACUUUGGGAGGCUGAGGCGGGUGGAUAACGAGGUCAAGAUCAAGACCAUCCUGGCAAACAUGGUGAAACCCCAUCUCUACUAAAAAUACAAAAAUUAGCCAGGCAUGGUGGCGCGUGCCUGUAAUACCAGCUACUUGGGAGGCUGAGGCAGGAGAAUCUCUUGAACCCGGGAGGCAGAGGUUGCAGUGAGCCAAGAUGGCACCACUGCACUCCAGCCUGGCGAUGGAGCAAGACUCAGUCUCAAAAAAAAAAAAAGUUGAGGAAAAAAAUCCUAGUACACAAAAGUCUUCUAGAAAGUAAGUUAAUGUAUCUGCUACAAUACUUCCUUCUCCCAGUAAUACCAGAGACAUGCGGUUGUCCCGUAUGUCCACUCACUCUCACUAUGUAGUUUGCAGAUGAGCUGACCUCUCCCAUUCCUGCAACCUCCCUUUCCCAGUCAAAGCAUUUUUGGUGGUUUCUGCUGCUGGUUGAUAACAAAACACACAAGAGGAGUCAAGAAUUUUUUUUUUUUUUUAAACUUUUUUUUGGUUUGUUUUUAAAGAAACUGCAUACAUCAUCAGAGACAAACAAUAAUUUAAAUACCAUGCAGUUUCUGUAUGUACAAAACCUAGGCCACAGAGAUCCAGUUUAAUUUGUAUUCUCUAUUUACAUCAUUUUCCUCAUACAGCCAUCAUCUGUUAAAUUAGAACCUGGGAGAUUAGGGGAUUGACGGUCACCACACUCACUCCUAUACAAAGACAAACUAUGUACAGACACCCAGGAAGCAAUUGGAAAAUGCAACCGGUCUGGGAAUUAACAGACAGGGAGGAAAAAGUCAUUUAAGGUGACCUUUGCCCACCGGCUGUGCACAGGGAGAGCCUGAAAUUCCAUUCAUCGAAGCAACACACCACGAUUUUCAUUCAGCAAAUAAAAAUACAUGUUCAUAAGCGGGAGAAAAAUAAACUCAGAGCUUUUCAUCACAUUUACCGUCACGUUGUUUGGUUUCUCUAAUCUGACAUAAAGGCUAAAGUUUUAAAAGUUUUACAGGGCUUUGAGGGCCUUUGGAGAUGAAUGUAUCAGCCAUUUAAAAAAAGCUAGUUGGCUGAUGGCGGUCUCUUCUGUCAUUGAUUGGGGCAGGAGGCAGGGUCGGGCAAUGUUUAAUCUUUAGAAGGAAGCAUUUGAUUUGAGACAUUUCACAUUUUUCCUCUCACACUAAUCCAAAUGAAGAAAUGCUCAACUGGGAAUUUACACACAUAAAAUAAAACUUUGACUUGCCAGCUGCAGCUUUUUCAAAAAAGAGAUGCGUUUUAAGUCACCUAGCUCACCUUUUUAUUUUUCCCUUAAUUAAUGUCAAAUUGUCAUCUUGGAAGGUAACACAAAUUGCUGCAGUUGUCAUGACAUUGUAGCCAAAAAAAAAAAAAAAUUGAAUAGGUCUCUAGAAAGACCUUAAGGUUUUAAGAAAGGAAAGAGACAGCAGAAGGCCCAUCCUGCAGGCCACAGAGGUUGCUGAGCCUGUGUAAGAGCCACUUAAAACGGGCUUGAAAUAGCCCAUUCUGAAGGCGCAGGACCUGUCAAUGGCAGGGGAGGUGCACCCCUCAGUGUGAACAAGUGACUGCUGGAAAAGAGGCCCUGCAGGAAGAGCAGUGGAAAUUGUGUUCAAUAUCUUCCGUGCACAAAGUGGACUGCAACAUGAGGGCACUUUGGGCGGAAACCCUGGGCUGUUUGCUGGCUGGCUGCAGGGAGAUCCGCUUGGGCCUUAUAUCCCUAGGGAAUCUGAAGGGCCAAGAACUAAGGCCAGCAGAGAAGCCAUGGGCCUAUCAUGGGAGGAGUCCGGUCAAUAGAAUGAAUUUCCUUAGGACUCCUCCUGGCCAGGGAGGACCAUCAUGCCAGGGCACCGCGUAUGCCAGGAGCCCAGCUGCAGUUAGAGGAAGUUCAGACUCAAAGCCUGGCCGGCAGGCACCUCCACCUGGAACACGUGCCCGCCCGCCCGCCGUAGAGAAAUUCAACGAAAGAACCCUACAUCUUUCGUCAUACCAUUUGCACAUUCAGACGUCAGUAAGCCUUUCGGGAAGACUGUGUUUACAGCCACACUAAAAUCCCGAUCACAUUUUCCCUGAACAAUACCUCUCCCCACAGCAGGAACUAUUCAGAUUCAAGAGUUUAAAACAAAAAGGAUCUAGUGAUGGCAUCCUCCUUGGGUCGGGCAGAGGCGUGCUGGCUCCAGGUGGCAAGGCAAAGCUGCAGCUGGAGGCACCGCCCAAAGAGCUGCCCUGAACUCUCCCCAGCAGUUAUCCGGCUCCUGGGUUAGUGCCUACAUGGGAGCCGUUCAUGCCUGCAAAAAAAUGCAAUGGCCUCGGUGACGGGUGUGCAUCCUACGAGUAACCUGCUCCCACAGGGUUCGUGGUGGGGAGACUGGUUAACUUUUUGGAAAGGCCAAGCUGGCAUCUUUCUAAAUGGCAUGUGUGGUGGAGAGUGUGCCACCCCCUAGAAAGACUGGGGUAACGAUGGAGUCACUCCAGAAGGUGAGCGAGCUCUGCGACGGAGGGCCUGCGAGCUCUGUGAGGAAGGAAAACGAAAGCUGCGAUGGGCCUCGUUAGGAUGCUUGUUAGGGUUUAGGAGGGUCCUGGCCUCAUUGCACACCCUAUCCUGGAUGUCCCAGUCAGAGACACACCCACAAUCAAGCUCCCCGGCAUCAUGAGGGAAAGGGAGGAGCUCUCUGGAUCAACUGGAGCAGGAAGGGGCACUGUGGGCAGGUGUGGCUGGUGUUGGCCUGAUUCUGGCACAUGCCCAACUCUGGGGCUCCUCCACAGAAACUCUUCAGUGCAAAAAAAAAAAGAGAAAGAAGGCCAUGGAGUGGUUCCAAGUCCCUCAGUGUCUGGAAAGCCAGUCCUACAGGAAUGGUUUCUGGCCUGCAUGCACUGGUCCUAUACACAGAAGCUAGGAACUCCCAAGCCAUAUAAUCACCGGCUUCGAGGCACACAGAGAAAAUGUCAGCCAAGCAGUUUCUGACCCCACAGGGUUCAAUAGGGUCCUCCCACUCAGACUUACAAACAGCACAGGAGUACCUUAGCAAUGGCUGUGUGUGUGCGUGGGUCACUCAUGACACUGGACUCUCUGAACACAGAUGGGUUGAUUAUUUGAACUGAGCAUAUGACAACUUUCCCCUUCUAAACCAGAGCUUCCUGAAAGGCAGCUCAGCUCAGGCAGAGGGGGCAGGAUGGGUGCUCAGUGCCAGCCUUCAUAGCCAAGAGGCAGCCAGACUCCCCCAGAAAUGGGCCCUUCCCUUUUGUUCACUGUGUGCGUGGUGGCUGAAGGGAGGGAAAAGCCAGGGGCAACUGAGAAGUGUUCCCUCCUUGGCAUCAACUUCAAAGGGCCCCAAACCAAAUGUCAUGUCUGGAGCCAGUAUAUUUGGCCAAGUGUAGAAGUCCAACCAGAUCAUUAGCUUUGCACAGUACCCCCCAAAACAAACCUACCCCUUCAGCUUUCUUUGGACUCAGGUGACAGACACUUGUGAGGAAGAGGUUUGCUGGAGAUUUCAUGAAGGCAGUGCCUGCUGGGCCUGGCUGGAGAGGACAAGGACCAUUCCACCUGCCAGAAAGUCUUCAGUCAGGGCCCUCCCGGUGCCCUUGGCACUGCUGGGGGUUGGGAUGCAUUUUGGUGUUAGAAGUGGGACCAGCAGCUCGGACCGCCGAGCCAUCACUUUAGCGUUUUCACACAUAAAAUCCUGAUUGUGUUUCCUUGAUUUUUCUUCUUCUU